AUGACAGACACACAUGCACAGAGGGAUUCUGUGGCGCCCACUGCCCUCGUGGAGGCAAGGUCACACACCAGCGUUGGUGUAUCUCGCGGCAAUGUACGUACGCCUGGCGAGCGCCUUGGAAGCGCGCUGGUCUAUGCGCCAGGAAGUGGCGCGUACGUGAGAGAUGGUUUCAUUUACGCUGCUGUCGUAGGACGUGAGCAGGUGGAGACUCCUACUCAAGAAGCAAAUUUGACGACGGCCGACCAGAGAAGCGCCACGAGGAGACUUCCUCUGGUUUCCGUCGUGUCUGCCGGAAAGUCUCCCGCCGUCCUCCCUACUAUUGGCUGCUUCGUCCUAGCACAGGUUACGAAAAUCUCUCAGCGCCGCGUUGACUGCUCGAUUCUGGCAGUUGACGGGCACACGCUUGCGGAGCCCUUCCGAGGCUUCAUUCGGUCUCAGGAUAUCAGAGAGACCGAUGUCGACUCCGUUGACGUUCUCGAAUGUUUCAAGCCAGGCGAUGUCGUUCGCGCGAAGGUGAUUUCUGUCGGCGAUGGCCGCUGCUACGUCCUCUCGACAGCGGCCGCGGAGCUCGGCGUUCUUUUUGCUCAAGGCAGGGACGGCGGGCAACUGCAGCCUGUCACCUGCAAGCUCAUGCGCUGUGACGUUACCGGCCGCCUUCAUAGAAGGAAAGUCGCUGCCCCAGUAUUGCUAUCGUGA